AUGAGUACCAUGUUUCAACCUGCACCUAGAAACCUCUUUGGCUCUCCUGUCGAACCACCGCCAAGGGCACGAUCCAUGGCUAUCCUUCCUCAGAAUAUGGCCAGCACCGCAAACUCAAAUACCUCUCCCAAAUCCUCUCAAGAUGAUCACAUGCAGAUUGCUUCACCAGCCGUCCCGAACAUGGGCCCUCCGGGAGGGCAAGGUGGCACGAGUCCAGACGUCGACUUGGGCAAUAACGCAAAUGGACAUCGAGACUCCAGCUCACUGGGCAUGGUUAAUGCUGCCGGAGCUGUGGGCUCUUCUCAGGCGCCGAAAGUGGUCCAAACAGCGUUCAUUCAUAAACUUUACAGCAUGCUGGAGGAUCGAUCGAUACAGCACCUAAUUUCUUGGAGCAACACCAACGAAAGCUUCGUCAUGUCCCCAUCCAACGAGUUCUCCAAAGUCCUGGCGCAAUACUUCAAACAUACAAACAUCUCCUCCUUUGUGCGGCAGCUCAACAUGUACGGCUUCCACAAAGUGAGUGACGUGUUCCACACCGGCUCACCCGAGUCCGCAUUGUGGGAAUUCAAACACGGGAAUGGCAGUUUCAAGAAAGGUGACUUGAUCGGACUCCGCGAGAUCAAGCGCCGUGCUUCGCGGCAUACUCUCAUCCACAGAGACUCGUUCUCGAACGCCAAACCCGGCGUUUCGCAACCUGGCACCCCGGCCGAAGUCAUGCCAGACACCGAUCAACGGCUUGCAGGAUUGGAGCAGGCGUUCUAUGAUGUUCACGCGCGACUACAACGGACAGAAGAUAGCUACGCAUUGAUGAGCCAGAAGUGCCAAUCGCUGACCGAAGGCCUAGUCCGCUGCCACCAAUGGCUACAUAACUUCACAUCAGCAUUUCAGACCAUGUCUUCGCCCGAAACAACCCUCCAUAGUGACAUUACAAGCCUGCAAAAGGAGAUCGGAAGACAACUCGAAUUGAUUCGCACGCUCGAGACACCUACAGAUCCUGUUCCCAACGGCAGAGCUCCAUUCUAUCCUGGUGGCUCAGCAUUGGAGCCUCCACUUUCGCCCCGAGGAUAUUAUCCUGACAGCCGAAGGUCAUCUGUACAAAUCGAACCACAACAUGUCGGACUGCGCCCACCGGUACCUCCAAUACCGCCUCAGUUCUCAUCUCCUCGAAGAUUUGGUUCCAUCAGCAUUCCGCAGGCUUCUCCCGGUUUUAGCCGCCCCGCCCUCCCUCCUCAACCGCCACCCAGCGUGCAUCCACUCGCUUCAGUGACAACCCCACCUCCGCUAAGUCUAGCGCGGAGACACACGUCAGCCGACAUCCGAGAACACGGAUGGCCCCCGAACAGCAAUCCAAACGGAUCGCCAUAUGCCUCGGGCCAUUCAUCUGUGCACUGGCAACCUUCCUCGCCACAGCAGGCGCCACAGACUGGUGACCAGCAGAUUAGAGAUCAAUUGGCACAGUACGAGAUCAAUGGUGGUCCUCGACGACAUGUGACGGCGAACCAACCCACGCCGCCACUUACCUCUGAAGCUCCUCCUGCCGGACUCGGAGUUGAAAACGUUUCAUGGGCACUGGGAGGUAGUAAAUUUCCCCGUCCCAAUUUCGAACUUCAUUCGGCCCCAGCAACCCGUCGCGGUAGCAUGGCCACCCUGCACUCUCUAUUGAAUCCCGCGGAGACAGUCGAGCAAGAGAAUGAGGAUGACAGUCCUCUCGAGGAUCGGAAACGGAAACGAAUGCAAUGA